AGGAUGGGGGACAUCCCAGCUGCACAGGAAGCCCCUAGGAGGCGCAAGAUCCAGACGGGCCGUUCUGGGAAGUACAGAAUGAAACCUGAAGGCCCCACCAGCAUGGAUGAUGUUCACCUUGGGGAAGAUCUAGAGGAUAAAGACACAGCGUUCACCUGGGAGGUGAAAGCCAACGAUCGAGCCUACCACAAGCAGUUCAGGAAGAAGGGCUUUCUGUGGUGGAGAGAGGAGAAGUAUAAGAGCAACGCCAUCCACACGGCCAAGUACAACUUUUUCUCCUUCCUGCCUCUGAACCUGUUUGAGCAGUUCCAUCGUAUGUCCAAUCUCUACUUCCUUCUCAUCAUCAUCCUGCAGAGCAUCCCUGAGAUCUCCACACUACCCUGGUUCACCAUCUUUGCACCUCUGGUCUGCCUGCUUGUGAUCCGAGCCACCCGUGACCUGGUUGAUGAUAUUGGUCGACACAGGAGUGAUAAGAUCAUUAACAACAGACCCUGCCAGAUCCUGAGAGGGAAGAGUUUCCUGUGGAAGAAAUGGAAGGAUCUGUGUGUGGGGGAUGUGGUGUGUCUCGCCAAAGACAGCAUCGUCCCGGCCGACAUGCUCCUGUUGGCCAGCACAGAACCCAGUAGCCUGUGCUACGUGGAAACUGCAGACAUUGAUGGGGAGACCAACUUGAAGUUCAAACAGGCUCUGAUGGUCACACACCAUGAACUUACUAGCCCAAAGAAGAUGGCUUCCUUCCAGGGUACAGUGAUUUGUGAGGAACCCAACAGCCGGAUGCAUCACUUUGUGGGGAGCCUGGAGUGGAACAGCAGUAAGUACCCACUGGACAUCGGGAACCUCCUCCUGCGUGGCUGCAAGAUUCGCAACACAGACACCUGCUAUGGCCUGGUCAUCUAUGCUGGUUUAGACACAAAGAUCAUGAAAAACUGUGGGAAGAUUCAUCUGAAGAGGACCAAGUUGGACCUGCUGAUGAACAAGCUGGUGAUCCUGAUCUUCAUGUGCCUGGUGGUCGUGUCCCUGGUGCUGACAUUGGGCUUCACCUUCAUGGUGAAAGAGUUCAAAGGCAAACACUACUACCUGUUGGCACUGCACAAGAGCACAGAAGCCAUGGAGUCUUUCUUCAUUUUCUGGGGCUUCCUCAUCUUGCUCAGCGUCAUGAUACCCAUGGCCAUGUUCAUCAUUGCUGAGUUCAUCUACCUAGGCAAUAGCUUUUUCAUCAACUGGGAUCUCAAUAUGUACUACGAGCCCCUGGAUAUGCCAGCGAAGGCCCGCAGCACCAGCCUCAAUGACCAGCUGGGUCAGGUGCAGUACAUCUUCUCAGACAAGACCGGGACGCUGACACAGAACAUCAUGACCUUCAAGAAGUGCUGCAUUAAUGGCUGCAUCUACGAUUCGGAUGAUGAGCAUGGCAUACUCCGAAAGCGGAACCCAUAUGCCUGGAACCAGUUCGCCGAUGGCAAACUCCAGUUCUACAAUAAGGAGCUGGAAUCCCUUGUGCAAGGCCAGCAGGAUACAGUAGUGAAGGAGUUCUGGCGUCUUUUAGCCAUCUGCCACACUGUGAUGGUACAGGAGAAAGACAACCAGCUGCUGUACCAGGCUGCCUCCCCUGAUGAGGAGGCACUGGUCACCGCUGCCCGGAACUUUGGCUACGUGUUUUUGUCUCGGACCCAGGACACCAUUACCCUGGUGGAGCUGGGGGAGGAACGGGUCUACCAGGUUCUGGCCAUGAUGGAUUUCAACAGUGUUCGAAAACGGAUGUCAGUGCUGGUCCGAAACCCAGAGGGUUCCAUCUGCCUCUACACUAAGGGUGCUGAUACAGUCAUUUUGGAACGCCUUCACACGAAGGGUACCAUGGAGGAGACCACAGAGGAAGUCUUAGCUUCCUUCGCAGAGCAGACCCUGCGCACCCUGUGCCUGGCCUACAAGGAGGUGGAGGAGGAUGCAUACAAACAAUGGGAACCCGAGCAUCUGGAGGCCACCCUCCUGCUGCAGAACCGUGCUCAGGCCCUGCACCUGGUGUAUGACAAGAUGGAACAGAACCUGAAGCUGCUGGGAGCCACGGCCAUUGAAGACAAACUGCAAGAUGGCGUUCCUGAGACCAUCAAGUGCCUCAAGAAGGGGAACAUAAAAAUGUGGGUGCUGACCGGGGACAAGCCAGAGACUGCAGUGAACAUUGGUUUUGCGUGCAAACUGCUGUCGGAGAACAUGCUCAUUUUGGAAGAUAAGGACAUCAAUCGUUUACUGGAGAACUACUGUAGGAACGAAAGCGAACAGCAGAGGGCGUUCAAGAUAAUGACCCACCACAACAUGGCCUUGGUUAUCAAAGGAGAGUUCUUGGAUCAGCUGCUUCUGUCCUUGCGCAAGGAGCCUCGAGCUCUAGUCCAGAAUGCAGUGGUGGAUGAGGUCCCUCAGGAGCUGGGUCUGUCCAGGAUGGACUUCCUCCAGGCGCGGAGGAUCUCCCAGAUGUGGCGAAACAUUGGAUCAUCCCUGGCACAAUCCCCAUCAGUCGCCUCCAAGAUCCACGAGAGCCCCGAGGAGCAGCGGGAGAGGGCCUUUGUAGAGCUGGCCUCCAAAUGCCAGGCUGUCAUCUGCUGCAGGGUGACACCCAAGCAGAAGGCCCUGGUGGUGGCCUUGGUGAAGAAAUACCAGAAGGUGGUGACGCUGGCCAUCGGAGAUGGAGCCAACGACGUGAACAUGAUCAAGACUGCAGACAUCGGCGUGGGGCUAGCAGGUCAGGAGGGCAUGCAGGCUGUUCAGAACAGCGACUACGUGCUGGCCCAAUUCUGCUACCUGCAGCGGCUGCUCCUUGUGCACGGGCGCUGGUCCUACAUGCGAGUCUGCAAGUUCCUGCGUUACUUUUUCUACAAGACGGUGGCCAGCAUGAUGGCCCAGAUAUGGUUCUCCAUAUUCAGCGGCUUCACUGCACAGCCCCUGUAUGAAGGCUGGUUCCUGGCUCUCUUUAACCUGCUGUACUCUACGCUCCCAGUCCUGUACAUUGGUCUGUUUGAGCAGGACAUGACUGCUGAAAAGAGCCUAAAGAUGCCAGAGCUGUAUGUGGCUGGCCAGAAAGAUGAGCUGUUCAACUACAGCAUCUUCCUGCAAGCCAUUGUCCAUGGUAUCCUUACAUCUCUCAUCAACUUCUUCAUGCCGGUCCUCAUGCGCAGUGACAUUUCCAAGUAUGGCAGCUCUAGUGACCACCAGUCCUUUGGGGUACUGGUGGCUAUAUCUGGGUUGCUGACUAUCACCCUGGAGGUCAUUCUUGUCAUCAAGUACUGGACGCUCCUGUGUGUGGGCAGCAUCGUGCUCAGCCUUGGCUCCUAUGUUGUCAUGACAUGCCUCACUCAGAGCUUCUGGUUGUACAAGAUCUCGCCAAAGACCUUCCCAUUUCUGUUUGCUGAUUACAAUGUGCUCAGUCAGCCCUCCAACCUACUGGUGAUCAUACUCAACGUGGCCGUGAACACGAUACCAGUCCUGGCCUUUCGCAUUAUCCAUACAGUUGUUGUAAAACUGCGCCCUAAGGAGGAGGAGGAGGUCCCCACUGAAGAAGUGACUGUGGAGCCUGCCAUGAAGCACCUUCGCCGUGGCAUCCCCGCCCGCCGAUCCAGCUAUGCCUUCUCCCACCGUGAGGGCUACGCCGACCUGAUCACCCAGGGCACCAUCCUGCGCAGGCCCACCGUGGAACUUGGUGGAGACACCAUCUUUGAGUCCCUGAACCCAUCUGAAGAAGACCUACCCUCGCGCCAUAAGGAGUCAAUAUUUAAUCCGCGGAAGAUCUCCAUCCUGGCUAAAAUGAAGCGCAAGCACUAUGGAAAGGGGUCCCACGAGGAGGUCCACCCCAAUACAAGCUCCCAGACUGGAGACAAACAGGCCACUCAGCACUUGGACACUAGGAAGCUGCCCACCUCCAAAAGCGUCACAUCAGGUUCACUCCAGGUGUCCUCCUCGGAUGACCAGGCCUUCCACAGUGUGCCCUCAGAGUACACCUUGGAUAGUCAGCCAGAGCGCUUGGAUGUCAGGACCUCGUCUUGGAGGUCACUUCCCUGGAAGGACUCAGCCUCUCCUAAGCAGAGCCAGCUGGAAGUCCCCACAAAGAAACACAGCCACAGCUCUAGUUGACCAGGAGCCCAUGG